GAUCCAGACCUUUGCCUUCAGCACCGGCAGAUCCUGCACAGAGCGUGCACUGUCUCCAGCGCCGACAAACACCGUGACAACAAGCCCAACAGGGUACUACGUAGGGUGAUGGCUCCGUUAGAAACAUUUCUGUGCUUUUUAAACCAGAAGCGAAAGCUCUGAUGUGAAGUUUCACACCUUUCUCCGUUGAGUUGAGAUGAAGAUCUGAGACGCUGCGAGAGAAGGAACUUUGCGUCUCCGCGCACCCGGACGCCCUGCAGGGACAUCGGGCGCUUCUGUGAUCAGAGGACUGAACUUCUUUGCUGUAUUUGUGGGUUUCGGACUCUCUCUGACAUAGUUGUAGAUAGGAGGGAUCCUUUGUUGCGGAUUGUUGAAGCCUCUCCGGUUCGUGGAUGGAAUAACUCAUAAUGGACGGGCAAUGAGACCCCUCUCUCCUGCUGGGCAAUAAUCCGGACCACCGCACUAACAGAAUGCAGGAGCGGGCUGUACAGAGGGUGUGCGCGUGGUUCUUGCUGGUGUUUUUGACCCUUCUGUCUCUCUGGGGUCACCUGUCUGAUGCCUCUUCUCAUCGCAGUCACAUCGUACACGUGAAGGCUGGCACAUGUGAGGUGAUUGCAGCCCACCGCUGCUGUAACAGAAAUAAGAUUGAGGAGCGAUCACAAACCGUUAAGUGUUCCUGCUUCCCGGGACAAGUUGCUGGAACGACAAGAGCUGCACCCUCCUGUGUGGAUGCAUCUAUAGUUGCUCAGAAGUGGUGGUGUCAGAUGCAGCCGUGUGUGGAUGGUGAGGAGUGUAAAGUCCUGCCCGACCUCACAGGCUGGAGCUGCAGCACAGGCAACAAGGUGAAGACCACCAAGGUGACCCGAUAGUUCUAUGCUCCAUGGAACCAUCUGACCCAACUUUCUGGGACAAAAGUGCUGAAAGUGAAGACUAACUAUAGACAUCAUUGAGCUUCAGCUAACAGGAACACUCAGUAUUAGUCAUACGAAGAUUAUUUGAAAUCAAAACGUUUGAGGAACAGACUGAUCUCCAGAAAUAUAUCCACCAUAAACAUUAGGACUAUCCUAAAAAGUUCAUGUUUCCUCCUCAAUGGACCCCCUGGCCUUCCGGACGCUUGAUCUUCUGGGUGUGGAUCUAUAGCUGCUGGAAUGUAUUGGCUGGGGGGUCUCGAUGUACGUAUGCAGUUGUUUCUUUUUUUGUUUGUUUUUGUUUUAUACAAAAGAUGUUUGGAUCAUCUACACCAGUGCAACCCAAUGGAGUUUAAGCUCUUCAGCAACAUACUCUCCUUCCUUGCCCUUCAGUUCUUCCCAAAGUUCCAUGGUCAUUCCUGCGCUACCUAGUCAGAAGAUCCAAUCAUUCCUUGUGGAAUCUUUGAAACAGCAUUUAAACAUGUAAAAUCGACCUUGGCCUCUAAUGGACUUCUGUAUAUUGUUUGUUUCUAAAUUAAAGCUUUUCAGCCCCACAGUCUGAAAUAACAGAAUAGAUGUACCAGUAUAUUCUAGAACAUGUAAAAGUGUAAAAGAUCAAAGUGUUAUUCUCAAAACAAGCAGAAUAAAGUUUAUUAAGGUUA